GUGGUGGUUUAGUUUUGGGUACUUUGGCGUGAGCCCGUCAUGUCCGACAUCAUGAACAUCGAUAGCAUUAUUUCACGAUUAUUAGAAGUGCGCGGCGCACGUCCUGGAAAAAAUGUUCAACUAUCUGAAAGUGAAAUACGUGGUCUAUGCCUCAAGUCACGUGAAAUAUUCUUAUCGCAACCUAUUCUACUAGAACUGGAAGCACCUUUGAAAAUUUGCGGCGAUAUCCAUGGUCAAUAUUACGAUCUGCUUCGUCUUUUUGAAUACGGCGGUUUUCCACCAGAAUCGAAUUAUCUAUUUUUGGGCGACUAUGUCGAUCGUGGCAAGCAGUCAUUGGAGACUAUUUGUCUGUUACUGGCUUACAAAAUUAAAUAUUCAGAGAACUUUUUCUUGCUGCGUGGAAAUCACGAAUGCGCCAGCAUAAAUAGAAUUUACGGUUUUUACGACGAGUGCAAACGUCGGUAUACAAUAAAGCUGUGGAAAACGUUUACAGAUUGCUUUAAUUGUUUGCCUGUCGCGGCUAUUGUUGAUGAAAAAAUUUUCUGCUGUCACGGUGGUCUCAGUCCCGAUUUGUCGUCAAUGGAGCAAAUUAGACGCAUUAUGCGUCCAACAGAUGUGCCCGAUCAGGGUUUACUAUGUGAUCUCUUGUGGUCAGAUCCUGAUAAGGAUACAAUGGGUUGGGGAGAAAAUGAUCGUGGUGUGAGCUUCACAUUUGGCGCUGAGGUUGUUGGGAAAUUUUUACAAAAGCACGACUUCGAUUUGAUAUGUCGCGCGCAUCAGGUUGUUGAAGAUGGUUAUGAGUUCUUUGCUAAAAGACAAUUAGUCACACUCUUUUCGGCACCAAAUUACUGUGGUGAAUUUGACAAUGCAGGUGCAAUGAUGUCUGUGGAUGAUACACUUAUGUGUUCUUUCCAAAUACUGAAGCCGGCUGAUAAGCGCCGCUUCGUCUAUCCGAAUUUCGGCAGUUCAGCGCGUCCGUUAACUCCGCCACGCGGUGCCAAUAAUAAAAACAAAAAGAAAUAAAUAAAUGUGCAAACUUAGUAGAAUUAAAAAGAAAAUAAUUAUACAAAUUCAAAAGGCGGCACGAUAAAGGCGUAAUUCAAAAAAUUGUUAAAUAAUGCAGAAAACGAAAACAUAACAAACAGAGAUGUAAAGAAAAAACAUAAAAGGCACUGCAAUAACAAAACCUUACAAAUAGUGCAAAUAAAAGUAAGAAGGACGAAGACGAAAAAGCUGUAAAGUACGCAGCUGCCACACAAAAUCACAUAAUUUGUAUUUGUGUAAGCCUAUACACAAUAAUAAUCACCAACAACACAACACAUAAAAAAUCAAAACUUUUUGUUGACAGUACCGCAUUUUUUCACUAUUUUUUAAGUAGCUCCUUGCAAAAUCUUUUUUUAUUUUAUAAUUUCAAUAUGUAUAAAGGCUUUAUUUUUUAUGCAAAUGCACUGUUCGCAAAAUUAUACUAAAAGACGUGCGUUCAAUUCAAUUUAUUUUUGAAAACAUAUAUUAUAAGGCUAAAUUCGAAAUACAAACAAACGACAAACGACGGUUUUUAAAAUAGUGUUGCGAACGGUUAUUGUUAAAUUGAAUGGGGUUUUUUAGUACAAGCUAAAUGUGUAAUUUCGAAUAUUUACAUGUAUAUUAGACAUUAAGCACAAACAACAACAGAGUACAGGUAAUGUGAAAUAUUUUCAUCCUAGUUCGGAAUUAUUUUCACAAAACAAGAUAUAUAAUUGUACCAUUGCACAUAUAAUUUGUAAAUAUGUAUGUUACAGAGAUUCCUGAAACAUUAAAGUUGUAAAAAAUAUAUUUUCUUCCGAAACCCAAAAAUGAUUUUUUCGAAUUUGCCAACCGUUAUAUGUAUAUACAUACAUACAUACAGUGGCGUAGCUACAACUUCGGGCGCCCGGGGCCAAGGAUAUUCUGCCGCCCCCCUUUCAUGAGGUGGUUCGAACAAAAGUGAAUUUUUACAUAAUAUCCUCGAUAUUAAGUAUAUAAAAUUAAGGAACUAGAAGCCACGCAAAUUCUGAAGUUCCAAAAUUCUCACAAUAUGGUUUUUGAGGAAAUUGAUAGUAAAUUUACAAGACAUCUUAUUAAAAGCCGUAGAAAAAACCCAUUUUCGCCCUAUAUCUUGUAUACUUUUGACACAAUUUGAAGGAAUUUUUGCCCGAAUUGGAGUUUUAAAAAACAGCGAAGAUCGUUUGCCGCCCCCAAGACGUUGCGCCCGGGGCGACGAUUUUUUAAAAAAGAAACAAAAUUUCGAAAAAAUAGUACCAAACACUAGAUUUUAAAAACUAUGGGAUAUUAUUGUUGAUUAUGUAUGUAUUGUAUAAUUUUUUCAUGAAUCAUGCUUUGACUACCGCCAAUCAGAUUUCCAUUGCGCGCAUAAAAAGCUUGCAUUUCUUUCCUGGGAUAAUAUAUUUGUCACUUGUUGCUGAAAACGUAAUCGGACAGCCGAAAUAAUUCGAUUUGGUGAAAAAUCUCAUGAAAUUUAUUAUAUUUAUACAAUUUCAAUACUUAAUUAAACACUGUAAUAAUUAAAAAGUAAUUUAAAAACUUCAUUUUCUAUAUUUUUUGUGGAAUAUUUGGCUGCAUAAAGCUGGCCGUAACUUUUUGGCGUUAUUAUAUAAUAUAACUUAACUUUAUUUUGAACAAAACCUAUAUGUGCUUUGGUUGCCUAUGUACUAUUUUCAACAAACGAUAUCGAUGAAAAUUCAUUCUGCAUAUGUAUAUGUAUGUAUGUAUGUAUGUAUGCGGUACAAAUUUAUGAUUUCUCGCUUCUACCAAAAAUUUGUGAAUUCAAUAUUUUCUUAUACGAAUAUAGAUAUACAUUAAGCUGCAUGCCACAUUUUUUUACUGUUAAAAAUUUUUAAACACACUCAUACAUACGACACACGGAACAUUUUAAUAAAAUUAACUGCAUGAUUUUCUCAAUCUAGUUUUAAGUUUAGCAGUUGCAUUGAUUUACACCAAAAACAAAGAUAACAACAACAAAUAAAAAUAUUCGUAAGUAGCAAGGUCGAGAGAAAAUCAGAGUUAUAGUGCAGCUAACAAAUACAAAAACAAAACCCGGAGCAAGACAAACUCCAAAACGAAUGGAUGUGCACUACAUUUGAUAUAAAAUUUGUAAAAUAACAACAACAAAAAUUAGCCAUAAGAAAAUUAUGUGUGUAAAAAUAAAAAAGCUAUUCAAUAUAUUUGCAAAAAUAAGACAAGCUAACAAAAACUCGAUUUGUACGAACAACUCAACAUAAUGACAAAAAUAAUGCGUUACUAUAUUGUUACCAGCUAGUUUAAAUGUAUAAGUAUGUACAUGCAUAAAUUAUUCUAUGUACCCGAAAAUAAAUCACUUUCCUCUUUAUAUGCCACUAAAA